CGACAAUGGAUUAUAUUCAGUCUCAUCGAGCGUUGCCCAGAAAAGAUUCCUUGAUAACUGUUUUCCAAACGAGCGGCAAAGUCGCGACCAGGUACCAAGCGCCGCAGGAAUAUGCACCCGAGAAGAAUGUCCUAGAAAAUAUCGCGUCGAAGCAAAUUUGCAAACAGGCUGAAAUGUGUUUGAGCGGUUCGGUCAGAUACGCGGAAGCUAACGCGAAAAGAAAUCGAACCAAUCUCAACAUGCAUCUAACGAAGACUGAGCAACGGCUCAAGCAAACUCGAAAAGUGCGGGACAGAGCUGUCAAAGUUCUAAAGGAGCAGUGGCGAGAUCUGGCGGUGAAGGAGAACGAGCUGAGGGAAAACUUUGUGGCAUUUAGCGAGUUCGUUAGAGAUAAUUCCGAGAAACGAGCGAGAGCUAAAAGGAAAAUGGAAGAAGAUCAAAAAUUAGCGGACGAAAGGCAAAAUGAGAUUAACAAGUUGGAAAGAGAAUGUGUGGUGAUGGAAGCGACCAGGAGGCGGAUGGAUAAGCAGAUGAAGAGCUACAAAAUUUACCCAGAUUAUUUGCUAAAGGUAGUAGAAAACUGUGAUGAAUUUGUCAAUAUUGACGGCAUUCUAUCGCGAUACAGGGCUUUAUCCGAAGCGAGAGCGCUGCUGGAUACCAUAGAACGAACUAGGUUUGACGUUUUGAAAAACUGCAAAAUGAAUAUGAUGAAAAUGAUCGAAGAGAAGAGCUUCGUCAUAAUGGGACUGAAUAACGAAAUUGCUAGUUUACAAGCCCGUUUCGAGAACGCGAACAUAGAGGCGCUGAACUCGGAAUCGUUGGUUACAGAAAUUAAAAAUAACGCGGUGAAACAUAUGCGAGACAUCGAUAUGGUGAAGAAUUCCAUAUGGAACAUAUACACGCACAUGGCCUUAUCGAAAAAGCACGCUGUCCAGAUCAAAAAGGACAAUGUAGAAGACCAGAUGAUGUACAUAAACCGAACGCUGGCUGAAAUCGCGAGAGUCAACAAAAUUAUUAAACGAAGGUCUGCGAAGGCCGCGCCGAAAAAAAAUUAAAUUAGGGCCUAAGGGAGAUAUACAAGUUUAUAAAUUAUAAAUCUCUUUAUGAA